CAUCAACUCCUCGCUGAUGGUAUUUUAUUCCUAUCAUACCACAAACAGUUACCACCUUUACAGUCACGGCAUCAUCAACAUUCUGCUAAUAAAUGACGCCCCACUAUUUACCCGAUCUGGAUAACGCAUUCUGAGCUUCUCCACUCCCGUGUCCAUGGGUUGGGUUGGAUACUUCGAGAGUGAUAUACUAUCCAGGUAGGUGGUAUAAUUCGAGAUGCACCGAUUUUCGAUAAUUGUCACAAUUGGGUCUCUUCAGGGAGGAUUUUCAGGAAUGGACAACAUGAUUCCGAACAUAAAUAAGAGAAACCUUCCUGGAGGGGUUCUUCCUCUUCAUCCUCACUACCUUUAACACAUCACCUUCCACACUUCGUCUCUUAUCUCUUCUCAAUACAUCACAGAAAUGUCUCUCCAAGGCCAAGUCGCUCUCAUCACUGGCGGCGCAAAGAACCUCGGCGCCGCAACCGCCCGCGAACUAGCCAACUCUGGCGCAUCCCUCGCCCUCCACUACAACUCGCCCAGCAGCAAGAACGACGCCGUCCAGCUCGAGUCGGAGCUCAAGCAGAAGCACCCCUCUGUCAAGAUAGCUUUUUACCAGGCCGAUCUGACGAGCGCCGGUGCUGUGGAGAAACUAUUCCAGGAUGUGCUGAAGGACUUUGGGAAGGUUGAUAUUGCCGUGAAUAAUGUGGGCAAGGUGUUGAAGAAACCUAUUACGGAGAUCAGUGAGGAGGAGUAUGAUGAGAUGUUUGCGAUCAACUCCAAGGCUGCUUUCUUCAUUCUGAAAGAAGCUGCUAAACAUGUUUCGGACGGUGGGAAGAUCAUCUCAGUUGUGACUGCGCUGCUGGGUGCUUUCACUAGUUUCUAUACCUCCUAUGCUGGUAGCAAGGCUCCAGUUGAGCACUUUACUCGCGGAGUGUGCAAGGAGCUUCAACCCCGUCGCAUCAGCGUCAACAACGUCGCUCCCGGUCCCAUGGAUACCCCCUUCUUCUACCCUCAAGAAUCCCCCGAAGCCGUCGAAUUUCACAAGUCCAACGGCCUGGGAGGCCGUCUCACCGAAGUCACCGACAUCGCCCCGAUAAUCAGAUUCCUGUGCACGGAGGGCGGAUGGAUCACGGGCCAAACACUCUUUGCAAAUGGAGGUUACACGACUCGGUAGAACUGAUUGCUGGUGAGGGCGUAGGCUGUGUAGACGGGACGCGCCGGAAUUUAUAUAUCUAGGACAGGUAUGGUAGAGAUGAUUCGUUAAUUAGAAUGAGCAAAUUGAAAUUUUAGCCAAUAAAUUUGAAGAUCCAAGUAUAUGUGCCCGAAUCCGUACCCAAUGACCAAUGUAUGGGACUGAUCGGUCGGGGAACCAUGGCUCAGGCGAACUGGUCCGAGAUUUUACGAUUGACAAACAUUGAUAAAGUAUAUAAAACUGCCAGAACGCGACAUAUAA